CGUGCCUGCACAGGUACCGUUUAUGUAUUGGUUCUCAUCGUCAUGAGGAACCUCAGAGCGAGGUUAGGCUCAAUGGACGGUCACACGGCCUGUUAUAUAGCCAAUAUGUUGAGAUGGCCGGACGAUACUCCGCCUGGUCUUGGGGUAAAAAACAUGAUUGUCCCUGCCAUAGCGCUGCUACAAAAGCACUUCCCGCUUCCAUUGCAAGACUUGUUUACGGUGUCCUCCCUGCUCCCGGACGGGGAGGCGAACAACGUGGUCUGCGGAAAUCUCGAAAUCUCAGACAUAUUUUUU